AUGGUUUCGAAUGUUCUAUACCACUGUCCAUGUCUCUCCGCAUCAUCCGUGCCUCCGCCACCCCAUCUCGAAUCUUCAGCUUACAGCUUUCAUCCUCUACAUACCUUGUUCUUCUGCGAGGAAUGCGACGCGGUGCGAUGCAAUCGCUGUGUUUCUGUAGAAGUCAGUGGCUACUAUUGCCCGAAUUGUCUAUUUGAGGUCCCAAGUGCCAGCGUUAGGGCUGAAAAGAACAGAUGUGCCCGAAAUUGCUUCAUGUGUCCCAAUUGUCGUAAUACAUUAUCAGUAGUUCCUUCAGACCCUCCAGACGCGGGAGACGGGAGGCUUUCAGCUCCCAUAAGCACAGUCGGUGAACCGCCAUUCUUCCUCUACUGUAACCAUUGCAGGUGGGACUCUUCUGAAGUGGGUAUCACUUUUGAGAAGCCCACUGGGCUUGCAGCUCAACUCCAGAAACUCGAAGAUUACGCUCCGGAGUCUUUGGAGUUCGAUCGUUUGAAGGAGCAUUUUGAACCUAUCUUACGUGCAUCAUCACUUUCCUCUUCCUCUUCUGUUGCUCCUUCUAUCAGCCACUCACAUCAUCACUCGAAUCCUAUCACAGCUGCUGCUUCUGCCGCCCUCGCGCGAGAUAUACCAGGUGUGGCCAAAUACACCCCACAUGCGCGUUCCGGACGUCCCAGCGGAAAGGAUAGAUCGGCAAACAAAGACGAGAUGCCAGAAUAUAAGAGCAGGUUAGAUAUCAACCACGCUAGUACCUAUGGCUCUGGUGGAGGGGACGUCGAUGUCGAAUUGAUGCGCCGCCUGGAGGAUGUUUCAGAAAUUGCGAGUCUCGAACAACGAUGGAAUUAUAGCUGGUCGACAUCUCUGGAAACGAGGGAUCUCAAACCAUUACGAAUACCUCUCCAUUCGAAACGAUCGAAACGCUGUCCAGCAUGCACACAUAUUUUGAUAAAGCCCGAGCAAAAGGCCCAGUCUGUACGAUACAAGAUUAAGCUAGUCGCUGCAAAUUAUCUCCCUGCAAUAACGGUGGCUCUUCCUCAUCAGAUAGAGAUGCUGGGCCAUAUCAGCGCGGAAGCCGCGAAACGCUCUACCAAAGCACCUGUAGACGACGACAAGGAUACGAGAGGUGGCCUACAAGCAGGGAAAACAUAUCCUUUCCAUAUGUCGUUGACUAAUCCACUAUACGAUCCAAUUCAAGUUAGGUUAUCGGUGCAGAGAAUGCAUGUUGCUGCUGCUGUAUCAUCCGGAGAGGGAGGUACUAUUGACAAAGCACGUCGACCACCAUUCGCUAUUUCGAUACCCACAACACCAUUUUCCGUCGCACCAUUUGCUGAAGCAUGGGAAUAUGAAGAUGACGAGGAAAUGUUUGGACUGGAUGACGAUGAACUUGAAGCUCGCUUGUCUGGCCGAGAGAAAGAACCUAAGCCUAGAUCUAAAACAGUUGGUAUACUGGAGAAGAGAGCCAACGUGACCGUCGUGGGUGGGGAAGUAGCCUUAGGUAAGGAGGCCCGAGGCGAAGUUAAGUUCAACAUGCUGGUUGCGUAUACGUAUCGCUCUGAUGAUCCUGCGCCUUCGGAGGGACACGAUAUUUCUCCGUCUAAGAAGGCCGCCCUCGAAACCAAAACUUUUGCUUUCUAUACUGUUGUGGAUCUGGGAAAUAUCAUACCGAAGGAAGAAGCUCGAAUAGAUCCAUAUGAUGUGUAG